CCCAGCUAUUCCAAGGCCUUCCUUUCCCCGGGGUUGAUUGGCCGUCCGGCCAGUCACUCGAGAUCCCAUAUGGGCUGCUAGGAAAAGUUGACUCAGAACCCCAGUUGCCCUGGGCGCCCGGCUGCAGAGGGGGGAGAUUCCUGGCGAGGCCUGACGGCAUUAGAGAUGGGCUGCCAGAGCUCCCACCCAUCCGCUAUCCCCGAGCUGGACGAGAUCAUGCUGGAAACAGGCUUUUCGCAGGCCAGCGUCGUCCGCCUCUACGACCGGUUUCAGGCCCUGGACAAGGAGCAGAAGGGCUACCUGAGUAAAUAUGACCUGCAAGGGAUCGGGGAGCUGGCGGUGAACCCCCUGGGGGACCGGAUCAUCAAUGCCUUCUUCAAGGAGGGGGAAGACCUCACCGAUUUCCGAUCCUUCAUCCGGGUCCUGGCCCAUUUCCGGCCCGUGGAGGAAGGAAAGUCCAAUGAGACUGGUCGCCCGGAGCCCAUGAACAGCCGACUCCGAAAGCUGCAGUUUGCUUUUCAGCUCUAUGACCAGGACAGUGACGGGAAGAUCUCCCGGGACGAGAUGCUGCAGGUGCUGCGGCUGAUGGUCGGCAUCCAGGUGACGGACGAGCAGCUGGUGUGCAUCGCCGAGCGCACCAUCCAGGAGGCCGAUCAGGACGGUGACGGCGCCAUCUCCUUCGAGGAGUUUGCCACGUCAGUGGAGAAGCUGAACGUCGAGCAGAGGAUGAGCCUCCGGCUGCUGAAGUGACCCGUCAGGAUCGGAGAGAGCUUCCCCCUCCCCACCCCAGCACUGGGAAGAUCCACUCUCAGAGGGGCUGUGGCCAAUCAGGUUUCAACUCCGCCCUCUCAUCAUCCAAUGGAUCCCACCAGGGAGGGGCUGUAUCCAAUCACACUUCAGCUCCACCUUUCUGCCUCCGCAUAGUUCCAGACAGAGAAGAGCUGCUUCCAAUCAGAUUUCAUCUCUGCUCCCUCACCUCAGGAUGGAUCCAGUCUGACAGGAGCAGCAUCCAAUCAGAUUUUACCUCUUCCCUUGUCUUGGGAUGGAUCUAGGCAGAGGAAGGCUGCAUCCAAUCAGAUUUCAUCUCGGCCCCUUCACCUCAGGAUGGAUCCAGUCUGACAGGAGCAGCAUCCAAUCAGAUUUUACCUCUCCCCUUGUCUUGGGAUGGAUCUAGGCAGAGGAAGGCUGCAUCCAAUCAGAUUUCAUCUCAGCCCCUUCACCUCAGGAUGGAUCCAGUCUGACAGGAGCGGCAUCCAAUCAGAUUUCACCUCUUCCCCUUGUCUUGGGAUGGAUCCAGGCAGAGGAAGGCUGCAUCCAAUCAGAUUUCAUCUCUGCCCCUUCACCUCAGGAUGGAUCCAGUCUGACAGGGGCUGCAUCCAAUCAGAUUUCACCUCUUCCCCUUGUCUUGGGAUGGAUCCAGGCAGAGGAAGGCUGCAUCCAAUCAGAUUUCAUCUCUGCCCCUUCAUCUCAGAAUGGAUCCAGUCUGACAGGGGCUGCAUCCAAUCAGAUUUCACCUCUUCCCCUUGUCUUGGGAUGGAUCCAGGCAGAGGAAGGCUGCAUCCAAUCAGAUUUCAUCUCUGCCCCUUCAUCUCAGAAUGGAUCCAGUCUGACAGGGGCUGCAUCCAAUCAGAUUUUACCUCUUCCCCUUGUCUUGGGAUGGAUCCAGGCAGAGGAAGGCUGCAACCAAUCAGAUUGCAUUGCUGACAAAGAGUAGAUCCUGCUGUGAGGCCGGCCUAUGAUGGCUGUCACUCCUUCCAAAUAACAAGUGCCUGCACCCGGGGGAGCGGAUCCAAGCUAACUCCCCAGCGCUGCCCCUGAUAACCGGGGACUCUGAUGCCCCCUCAUGGCAGGGGAUAGUACAGCCCCUGGUCGGGUUAUUGCAGAUCAGAGACUUACAACCUACAAACAGCACCUCCUAUUCUUGUGCUUUAAGCCCUCUUUGCAGUCCCUCUAUUCUGGGCCCUACCCAGCUCCCAGUGUCAAUUAGAGCAGCCCUGAGGCUGCUCUGACUUGCGCACUACCCCCUAGAGGCCCUGGGGAGCAGAGACUACCCACAGCGCAGUGCACUCCAGCCAUGCCCCCAACUGACCCCCUGUGCCGGGAGCUGGAAGCAGGGCCAUUAUGCACAGCAGCCGGGGACACGCUCACUGAGCAAGGCGGGGGAAGCUUCUCAGGGGGACACUGCUGUCCCAGAGGGCUCAGCAGUCCUGAAACUUGGGCCCGGAAUCUCCUGCCAUCAGGGCUGGAUUCGCUCGGAUUCAACUCUGUCUGUUUGUAAAAAAAUAAAAUAAC